AUGGCAAUUUCUCCAGAAGAUGAUGAAUAUGAUUUCGCUGAUAUCUUUCCUACAUGUAAAUAUGAGUUUGAUAGCGAGACAAAAAAUUUGGAUACAGAAUAUGUAAUGGAUUGCUUCAGUAUAAGUCGACAACUUCAUAAUGAUGGGGAAAAUAAAUUCUUAAAACCCUGUCAUAAACUUAUUCACUAUUUAAAAUAUAUUAAAAAAGAAUCUCGUGAUGGUAGACAUAUACAAAACUGUAAAUACUUUAGCUACAUGUUAAAGAGUGAACUGCGAAAUUUUGAUAAUUCUUGUAAAGAAACAAAGGAUUGCUACAACACAAUGAUUAGUGCAUACUCGAAGGAUUCUGAUGGAAUUGAUGUAUGUAAGGAGAACAUAGAAGAAAUUAAUGAAAAAACAUUAGAAAAAUUCCAAAAACUAAAUUCUUUAUAUGAUAUUUAUUAUGAAUUUAUGAACGCCAAAGAGGAGGAUGGUAGUACUAAAUGUGAUUUAGGUAAAACUUGUAGUGUACAAUAUUAUACUCACAUAAAUAUAUGCGAUAAACAUAGUAAUAUAGGUUUCUGUAUGGCUUUAGAUAAAUUCAAGGAUGGAUAUAAUGCCUAUAUGAAUAAUGGACCCAAGUGUGAAAAAGCCCCUAGAUACUUAUAUUCCCCCUUUGGGAUUGAAAAACGCCGUAUAUUUUUUAUUUCGAUUAUUACAAUAUUUACAAUGUCAAUAGUAAUGUUCACUGUAUAUAAGUUUACUCCAGUUUAUUCUUGGUUACACUCUAUAUUACGGAGGAAAAGUUAUAUUCGAAAUGAUCUAUAUGAAGAAUCACGCGAUUUAAAAAAUAAUGCUAACAUGAAAAAAUUUAAUUCGAAAAACAGUCCAUUGAAUAUACAGUAUUAUUCUUCAGAAAAUACAUAA